UCCAUGGCGGGUCGAAGGCUGGCCCGGCCCUUUUAAUCGCGUGUUGUGUCGACCUGUCGGGCACGUACCGGGCCAAAAUUCCGCGUCUGCGGGCCGGCCCGCGUGGCAACAGAGGACACACCCAGAGACCCCGCCACCCGCCCAAAUCCAAGCACAAGCACACCGCCGGUCGCCGGAGCCCUGCACAGCCGUACCUGCGCCGCCGGCCAGCCUGAGCCAGCCCCAUAGAAGGGCCUCGCGCAACGAACAACCAGCACCACGAGCUCGGGGCGGGCAGGACCUGACCUCCCACGCCACCAGGGCGAGCCCGCCGCCGCCGCAGAUCGCCACACGCCACCACCGGAUCCUGCCCACGGCCGCGCACGGGAGACGAUCCCCUCCGCUACCUUUCCCGGCGCCCGGCGCGUCUUCGCCGGCGGCUCCUCAGGUGGCGGCAGCGCGAGAGGAGGGCCGGCGGCGAGGGUUUCCCCCGUGUCUCCCGAGGGAGGGAACGCAGGGGACGAAGUGGUGGCUGACUUGCAGCUCCGGCCGCCCGUGUGAUUGCAGUCGACCUGCUCUAAAGCUGUGGUGUUUGUCUAUCCAUCCACAAUGGAAGUUCCAGCUCCAGAUUUGUCCGGGCUACCAGCUGACAUACUGAUCAGCAUAUUCCAGUUGCUCGAGUGCCCGGACCUCCUCCGAUCCGCCGCCGUCUGCACAUUCUGGCAAAAGGCAUACUCCACGGUCCGCCGCAGCGGCGUCUGCCCCAGUCGCCAGACCCCCUGUUUACUCUAUUGUAACGAGGCCGCCGGCGUGAGGGCACUUGGCAUGUACAGUCUCUCCGAACGGAAUGCCUACUCCCUGCCCCUCCCUGAACCUCCCAUCAGCAACUGGAUUGGUUCAUCACAUGGAUGGCUAGUCACCAUGGAUGAGAAGUCUGACCUGAUGCUGCUCAACCCUAUCACCGGUGACAAGAUUGCACUCCCUCCUGUGACAACCAUGGAGCAUGUUAAACCUGUUGUAAACGACGACGGGGUUCUUGAAAAGUACAAGAUGUCUUUCUACGACGGAGAGCUUCCGAGGGUGGAGGAUACACCCUAUGCAUGCCCUUUGGAUAGGUACGGAGAUCUGGUCUAUCUGAAGGCAACUUUGUCGUCCGAUCCAUCAGCAGGGGAAUGCACUGUCAUGCUCAUCCAUCAGCCGUACGCACAGCUCUCGUUCGCCAAAGUGGGAGAUGCUCACUGGAACUGGCUCCAAAUGCAUAGUUUCUAUGCAGAUUGCAUACACCAUGAUGGCUGUUUCUACGCAAUGACUGAGGCAGGCGCAAUCGAUGUGUUUGAUUUGAACGGACCAUCUGUCGUCCACAGAAGGAUUUUACCAAAUCUAGUUCGGAUGGUCCAGAAGUGCUACAUUGUUCAGGCACCAUGGGGAGAUGUCCUCCAAAUCAUUAAGGACGAGAGUUUGGAUCCUGAACAACCAGAUGGUGAGACGUAUGUCACUGCUUAUGAAGUGUACAAGGUUGAUUUUGUUGAGCUGAAGCGUGUCAAGAUGAGAGGGAUAGGUGAAUAUGCGUUGUUUACUGGGAAAAGCACAACAUCUUGCUUUAGCGUAAAGGAUCAUCCAGGCUUGAUGGCAAACCAUCUAUAUUUUACUCAUGAUGAUCACGACGAAUUACUCAGCGGCAAAGAUGAUCCACGUGACAUAGGAGUGUACGACUUGGAAAAUGAUACCAGAACCAAUUUGGUUGAUCCUGAACCCUGGAGGACGUGGUUCCCUCCCAUAUGGUUCACACCCAAUCUUGCAAAAGCAGAUGCCAUCUGCACCUGCACCCAAGGGGUGUCGACUUCUGCAAGUACAAGUGAGGUAACAGCAAGCAGCUGAGGCCAAAGAAGAAGAUCAAGAACUAGAGAGCCACCAGUCAGUUUAAUGGGCCUGUUAAAAUCCAUCGUCGUGUCAGGGUUUAUGCUUCGUUAUCGUCUCUGUUUGUCGUUAAACCUUAUUUACUUUGCUUUCAGCCUCAUAUUGCUUUGGUGAUCUUUGAAAGAAAAUUUGUAUCAUGAGUAUCAUAAAAGGUAGAUGAUGUUGCUCCAUAAAUUGUGGUCAUUUUCAUCCUGCUACAGUCUGCUCUUAUAAAAUGUCUGUGCAGAAGAAUGUGUAAUCACACUGCUGACAUAGAGUUUUUAUCCACCACCAAA